AUGGAUUCAGAAUCAGCACCACCUAGUUAUGCUUCUCUGGAGCACGAAAAUAAUUUGAAUUUCAACGCUCAAAAUCAAGAAGAUCAACAAGAACGAAACAAUCGAAAUUCCGAGUCUAUACCUCAGUUAAUUGAAAUACCUAAUUCUGUUCUGUUAAUUCAGAUUAUUGAUGAUGAUAUAAUUGAAGUUAAUGACAUUUCACAUCAUGUUGAAUGCAAUGAAUCAAUCAUACAAGCCAAUUCAAACUCGGCUCAAGAAGAAGAAGAAAUCGAAAAUCAAAAUCAACCUCAAGAAGGUAGAAUCCUAAAAAUUCCUGAAACAGUGGGUCAUAUAAAAUUGAUGAAUGAAGAUAUUAUUUAUGAUAAGCUAGUUACCAAUAAUGAAAAAAAACUAAUGAUGGUUCUAAGAUUGAAAUACAAAAGGAAAUCGGUUGAUAAACCCUUAACAUAUGCUCAGUUUAUUAAAAAACAUACUUUUGCUUUUACUAUUUUUACAUUUUGGUGUUGUGCCUUUAUUGGAUCGAUUAUUUUCAAUGUUGUUAUGGUUCAAGUCACUAACGAGAAAUUGAAAAAUCAUAAACCUCAAAGACAAAUUUAUCAUAACUCAGCCACUAUAAAACAAGCAGGACAUCGUUGA